AUGGCGUUUCCGUAUGGAAAAGAAAAAAUUCGAGGAGUUAAUUUGGGUGGUUGGUUGGUGCUCGAACCUUGGAUAAAGCCAAGCUUAUUCGACCAAUUCCUAAAUUCUUCGGAACCGGCGGUUGACGAAUGGACCUUUACACAAUAUCUCGGCCAAAAAGAAGCAAAACGACAAUUAACAGAACAUUGGGAAACUUGGGUUACCGAAAAAGAUAUCGCACGAUUAUCCACAUACCGUAUCAAUCAUCUUCGUAUCCCAAUCGGAUACUGGGCAUUUGACGUGUUACCAUCUGAACCAUGGGUGACGGGUGCCUUUGAUUAUUUAUUGAAAGCAAUUACUUGGGCUCAGACUUAUAAUCUUAAAGUGGAACUUGAUUUGCAUGGUGGACCUGGGUCUCAGAAUGGAUUCGAUAAUAGUGGUAAACGAGGUGUUGUUGAGUGGCAAACUAACAAGCAAAAUAUUCCGCGUACACUUAAAGUUCUUCAGAUUCUUUGCAUGAAUACUUCUAAUUAUCAAAACACCAUUUCUGCUAUCAAUAUUCUAAAUGAGCCUGCCAGUUGGGGAGGCAACGAUAUCAACAUCACCAAACAAUUCUACAAAGAUGCUUACGAAAUCGUACGACAAUACCAUCCAAAUGCAUUGUUUGUAAUACACGAUGCCUUCUUACCGCUAUCUACUUGGCAAGGAUUCAUGCAAGAAGCGCCAUACAAAGGAGUCGCAUUAGACACACACAUCUAUUUUGUAUUUAUAAGGGAGCUUUUAGCGAGUAGUAAUCAAGAAAAAUUGGAAUCCUUACGCGAAACGAAAUCGAAGCUUGCAAAUUUCACGUCACCGAUUAUGGUUGGAGAGUGGUCCCUCGCUACAACCGAUUGCGCAAAAUGGUUAAAUGGGUUUAACGUCGGUGCUCGCUGGGACGGAACAUUCAAUAAGGAUCCGCCCAUUUUCAAGAAUGCUACGUGUAAAAAUGACACAAAUUAUUUAUUGUGGUCUCCUGAAUACAAACAAUUCCUUUUGGAGUUUGCUAAAACACAAAAGGAUGCCUAUGAAGCUGGAAUCGGAUGGUUCUUUUGGAACUUCAAGACGGAAAAUGCACCGCAGUGGAAUUAUAUGUUAGGAGUUGAACAGGGUUGGAUUCCGUUGUAA